GCACAGCAGAGACACAUUCACGGGCAGCAUGCAGCUCCGCGUGGACGCGGAGGUGUUGGCGGUGUUGGCGGUGCUGUUUCUGGCUCCCAGUGUGACCGAGGGUGUGGUGCUGAACAAAUGUGAGCUGCGGAAUCAGAUGAAGAUGGUUCUGCCUGCAAACCUGUUGAACAGCAACGAGUUGGCCAAGAUUGUGUGUCAUGUGCAGCUGACGUCUGGCUUCAACACCAGCAUGGUCAAGAGCAUGAAUGAAACAGAGGAUGAGCCCUCUGUCUCUAUCCAUCCCUCAACCAAAGACCACAAAAUGUCUGGCCAAACCGAACACCAGGAAGAUGAUGAUGAUGAUGAUAAGGGAAACCACCCUGGAGGUCGCAAGUCCAGAAGCGUUAAGUCAGUACACAUCGUUCCUACCAAGCCCUCUGCCUCUAACUUUACCUCUAAUCACACUUCAACCAAAGAUCACAAAAUGGCUGGCCAGACCGAACACCAGGAAGAUGAAGAAGAUGAUAAGGGAAACCACCCUCGAGGUCGCAAGUCCAGAAGCGUUAAGUCAGUACACAUCGUUCCUACCAAGCCCUCUGCCUCUAACUUUACCUCUAAUCACACUUCAACCAAAGAUCACAAAAUGGCUGGCCAGACCGAACACCAGGAAGAUGAAGAAGAUGAUAAGGGAAACCACCCUCGAGGUCGCAAGUCCAGAGGCGUUAAGUCAGUACACAUCGAUCCUACUAAGCCCUCUGCCUCUAACUUUACCUCUAAUCACACUUCAACCAAAGAUCACAAAAUGGCUGGCCAGACCGAACACCAGGAAGAUGAAGAAGAUGAUAAGGGAAACCACCCUCGAGGUCGCAAGUCCAGAGGCGUUAAGUCAGUACACAUCGAUCCUACCAAGCCCUCUGCCUCUAACUUUACCUCUAAUCACACUUCAACCAAAGAUCACAAAAUGGCUGGCCAGACCGAACACCAGGAAGAUGAUGAUGAUGAUGAUAAGGGAAACCACCCUCGAGGUCGCAAGUCCAGAGACGUUAAGUCAGUACACAUCGAUCCUACUAAGCCCUCUGCCUCUAACUUUACCUCUAAUCACACUUCAACCAAAGAUCACAAAAUGGCUGGCCAGACCGAACACCAGGAAGAUGAAGAAGAUGAUAAGGGAAACCACCCUCGAGGUCGCAAGUCCAGAGGCGUUAAGUCAGUACACAUCGAUCCUACCAAGCCCCCUGCCUCUAACAUUACCUCUAAUCACACUUCAACCAAAGAUUACAAAAUGGCUGGCCAGACCGAACACCAGGAAGAUGAUGCUGAGGAUAAGGGAAACCACCCUCGAGGUCGCAAGUCCAGAGCCGUUAAGUCAGUACACAUCGAUCCUACUCAGCCCCUUGUCUUUAAUCUUCUCUCUAAUAAAACUACAUCCAAGGAACACAGAAUUGCUGGCCAAACCAAACCCCAUGAAGAUGAUGGUGAUAAGGGGAACCACCUGGGAUCUGAGGAGGACGAAGUCUGGACAUUCUAUGGGCUCUUCCAGUUGUCAGAUCAUGUCGCUUGUGUCUCAGGCAACAACACCUCACUGAACCUCUGUGGGAUGAGCUGCGAUAAUUUAAGAAAUGGCAACAUCUCUGAUGACAUUGACUGUGUUGGGACUAUAAUAAAGACCACGCGGGAAAUGGAAAACAGUUUUAAACCAUCUGAUGAACUAACAAAGCAAAUGACUGACCUCCUCCAGUGUGACAGUGUGGUGGACUCCCAGUACUUCGCUGGUUGUUAAUGAUCAAUGAACACAUGCUCAAAUGAGUCUCAUAAUGAUCUUAGUGCUUCGUUAGCUGUAGGUCUAUGCUGCACUUUUCAGAACUAGUUUUAAGAUUCUUACGAGAUUAAAAACCUUUGCAUUGCAA